CCUAUGCAUAUUAAUUUGGUACAAUCUACCGCCCUUUUACAACAAAGUAGCAUUUUGGAGUCUAUAUGAUACUUACUGCUGGCAAAUACAUAGUUCAAAUUCAAGCCUCACAGAGUGUUAUUGUCGCAGCAGACUUUUUCUCCUCUUACUAAACACGUACAAGGCCCCUCUCCAUUUCUUCGAGGUUUCGACGACAUAGCUCCUGCGCGAUGACUAACACAAUGGAGCACAGCGAUCUUCAGCAGAGCAGUUUCACACAUGAUAUUGAACCAAAUAAUCUAGAGUCCUCCUCGCAUCGCAAAACGCAAAAUAGAUCUUGCACAUUGUGCCGUCGCCGCAAGGUACGAUGUGACAAGGUAUAUCCUUGCUCAAAUUGCUCACGGGCAGAUGUCCUAUGCUUUUAUUCAGAGCCUUAUAAACGUCCUCGAAGGCACAGCAAACUGACAGUGAACGACAUUCUGGAUCGUAUAACCCGACUGGAGCGAACCGUCAACACUUGGGCUCUUUCUAAUCAACCGUCAACUGAAACUUGUGAGCCGGAAUUAAGAAGGGAAGCUCAGGAGCAGGAUUUCUCGGACUCAGUUGAUAAUGUGGUCUUCCAGAAUAGCGACAGCACAGGAGCAAACCUGUUAGCUGGUGCAGGGGAUUCAGAUAGUGGCUUACUUCUACAGCAAGGCGACAAUGGAAUUACAUACGUUAACGAGUUUCUGUUUGAAUGUGUCUUGAAAGAAGAACAAGAGCUUCGGUCAGUGCUUGAAGCUCAAGGCGCCGAUGAGCUGAAGCCGUGUUCAGAAGCUAGAUCUUUCACACUAUCACCUUUAAGCAUCAGGGACCCCUUGCCGAAAGAUAAUAUCGGCACCGCCGCAAGUCACUGCCCCCACUAUCCGAGUAAAUGGCAAGCCCUACAGCUAUGGCACACUUUCGUCAACAACGUUGAUCCCGUCCUUAAGAUUCUCCAUAUCCCGUCAGUACAAGUGAUCAUAUACUCAGCGCUUAAUAAUCCCAUAUCCACCGCAAAGGAUGUGGAAGGUCUGCUUUUUGCAAUAUUUUUCGCCGCAGUAACAAGUUUACCAGCGCCCGAUGCAGCUCACCUACUUGGAGUUCAAAAAAGUCAAGCAUUAGGAGCAUACCGGGUAGGGCUAGAACAUGCACUGUCAAUGGCGAACUUUUUAGAGUCGCCUAGUGUUACAUCACUACAAGCAAUCACUAUAUAUUUAGCGUGUCUUCAGGUCUACGAUAGUGGUCGCGCUGGAUGGUCACUGAUUGGCCUUGCUAUCCGGCUAGCACAAUCCUUAGGCUUGCACAAGGAUGGCAAUCACUUCAACCUCCCUCCAUUUGAAUCCGAGAUGCGUCGGCGUCUUUGGUGGUCUCUGUACGUCCUAGAGGCGCGGUCACCGGAGAAUCAUGGAAUUGUGUUAGACGCCCUUGAUCACCUUUCGGAUGCCUGUCUACCGCUCAACGCGAAUGAUAGUGAUUUGGCCCCUGAUAUGCAAACCUUACCCUGUCCUAGGGUGGGGUGGACGGAGAUGUCCUUUACAAUCUUAAAAGCGGAGAUAAGCCAGAUGUUCCGGAAAAUAAGUGAACCUGCCUUAACCUCGGUCUCAGGGCAGAACAUUUUUGAAUACCAUGCUUACCGUCUCGAGGAAUCUUAUCUCAAAUGCUGUGAUGAUAAUAUUCCGGUUCAGCGGGUGACAGCACUAGCAACUCGUACGAUUAUUGCUAAGAUGCAAUUUAUCAUGAAACGACGGUCGUGUUGUCGUGGUUCGGGACUGAGGUACACAGAAGAAUUGCUUAAUGAAGCCUGCAAUAUACUUGAAAUAAGUUUAAGCAUUUAUUCAGAUGAUCUGAUGAAAGGGUUUUACUGGUACGCUAAAACGUAUACCCAAUAUAAUGUGCUGACCUAUGUGUUGGGCCACCUGUGCGCACUGCCCCAAGGCCCAAGCAUCAACAGGGCAUGGAAAGCCGUGGACGAGUCUUUUCAGCUUGUCGACAGCUCUGAUAUUCCCCACGAAUUUGGGUCCAAAUGGACAAUCUUACGUUUACUACGGGGGAAAGCGUUGCAGCUAAGGCAGCCAGCGAGGGGGACCGACUUCUUGCCGCUGGACUCAACGUCGAAUCUGCCAGGUGACAGUUUAGAAGAUCCAACUAUAUCCCGCGAUGCCAUCCUGGAACCCUGGGCUCUGGAUAGCUGCACCGACAUCCUUGACUGGAACUUAUAGAAUUUGUUAAUUUAAUUUGCGGAAUGGUUACACCUAUGCAA